GAAGUGGUCAUUGCAGUUCAUGGCUCACUUGCAAAACGGUUCGAGAAAGCCCCGGUCCGCCGCCGUCUCUGCAGCCAAGAAGACCAAGCCACAGGCCGGUCUGCACUCGGGUGAAAAUGGCAUCGCAAGAGACGAGAAGAGGGCGUGGAUUGACAUAUACAACCAUGCCAGAUCCAGAUGGACGGCCUCAGACAGGGAGGUCGAUGUCACGGUAGGCCCCAAGUGGCAAGAAACACGGCAAUGAUCUGUUGUCUCUUACGUGUGUUUGGCUGUUUGGUCCAGGGCCUGGUGGGCAGCCUGAGGUCCCUUCGCCCAGCAAAGCCCUCACGAAUGACUACGCAUGACAUCGUUGACCGAAACCUCAAGUAUGAGCGUGGCAACAGGAUGUCAUUUCCUCUCCCUAUCCGGCCGCAGUCAGCCGGCAGCAGGAGCAGAAGGCUCCAUCCGCUGCUGGAGCUCGGUCGGCUGCAGGGCAACGUCCACUUAUCGCAGCUCAUGACUCGGACUCGGGCCGACUCGCAGACACUGGACUACUUCCGCAGACCAGAGGACCGCCUGGCUUUUUUCCACUCCCAGCCACCUGUUCAGACAGUCACACUGAUAGACAAGGAGAGGCGCCUGGAUGGCGCCAGGUUGCGGGAGAAGGGCGGCGAGAGGGCUGAUAGGAAGAAGCGGGCGAGGAGGCGGCAGAGACGUGGGAGGAAGGGCGGGGUGCUGGAGAUGAUCGCAUUCUAUGAGUCGAAAGGGCGCGACUGGCGGGGGCUGCCGCUCGCAUUCAACCAGAGAGAAGGUACUUACACCUAGACCACUUCACUCACUCAGUCGGCUGGAAUGAGAUCCGAUCGAUGCUAUCUAUAUUCCCUUCUUCUCUACCUGCCUCCCUGCCUGCCGUAUUCAGAGACGUAUUGCGCCCCGAAGGACCGGUAUUCCCUCCGUGACAUUAUCGAGUCGAUGCCAAUUCGCACGCCGACCAUCCCUUCAUCCACACGUCCCACCACCGCCCGAGGCCGCACCUCAACCUCACCCACCUCCCCUUUCCCAUCACGGCCGACAUCCCCCCGAUACGCCGGCCGUCCCGUCUCUGCGCGGUCUGCCUGGGCAUGCGACACGAGCACGUCAGUCGGGAGAGGCAGCUCUCACCCCGUGUCUCGUCCGCUGAGUGCCCAGCGGGGCGCACGGCAUGAUGCUAUGGUGCCGCGUGUUGGGGCUGAGCGGGUGGUGGAGGACGAGAGGAGACACCAGGCCAGAGAAGAGUCAGGCCGGUCAGAGGCAGCGAGAGGGGAGGAUGUGCAGGUGGUGUGUGUGGCUGAUGAGGGUGAGACGGAUGAGAGAGAUGAGAGUGACUCGCUUGAGUCGUGGGGUCUGUACGAGUCGAAGAGGGAUUUGGAUACGUGUGAGAGGAUGCUCGAGAGGAGGACCAACGUCAAUGUGUAUGGGCUCAUGUUCAGCUGAUGUGGGUGUGCACGUGUCAACGCUGCAAGAAAGAUUGGCAUGGGUUUCGAGAGCAACACAUCUGUCCACUGAGUGAGUCCCCCCCUCACACCCCCAUGUUUACGUGCAGGGACGCACGGCAAUUCACAGUCAGUCUGGUAUGUCACACAUGGCAGAAAGACAGGCAGGCAGGCAGGCACACACAAAUAGGUAGAU